AUGGUUGCAUUAGCUGUUUCUUCUUCGGGUACUACUCCGAUGACUUCGUUUCACCGGCAUUUAAGAUUCCGAUCAUAUCCACGAAACCUUCCGACUCACUUAGGGGUUUCUCCUUCUUCUUCUCCUGUAGCUUCAUCUGAGUUUGAUUUUAGUACCCUCGAAUCUGCCAUUAACAAGAAAGAUAGUAAUGGUGUUAAAGAAGCUCUUGAUCGAUUGAGUGAAGAAGGUUGGGCUAAGAAAUGGAGCUCCCAACCUUACCUUUCGCGCCGUACGACAUCACUUCGGGAGCUGACAACUCUCGGAAUCAAGAAUGCUGAGACUCUCGCAAUCCCUAGUGUCAGGAACGAUGCGGCCUUUUUAUUCACAGUAGUCGGAACAACCGGAUUCUUAGCUGUUAUUGCUGGACAGCUUCCAGGGGAUUGGGGAUUCUUUGUGCCUUACUUAGUUGGGAGCAUUUCAUUGGUAGUUUUAGCCGUCGGAAGCGUUUCGCCGGGGCUACUUCAAGCUGCGAUUUCGGGGUUUUCGACUUUCUUCCCUGACUAUCAAGAACGUAUUGCUCGACAUGAAGCAGCUCACUUCUUAGUGGCUUACUUAAUCGGACUUCCAAUCCUCGGGUACUCGUUAGACAUUGGUAAAGAACACGUCAAUCUCAUCGAUGAGAGACUUGCGAAACUAAUAUACAGUGGCCAGCUUGACUCAAAGGAGCUCGAUAGGUUGGCUGCUGUUGCAAUGGCUGGACUUGCUGCCGAGGGUCUCAAGUAUGACAAAGUGAUCGGCCAAUCUGCGGAUCUCUUCUCCCUUCAGAGAUUCAUAAACAGAAGCCAACCCAAAAUCAGCAACGACCAGCAGCAAAAUCUAACAAGAUGGGCUGUUCUCUACUCUGCUUCUCUUCUAAAGAACAACAAGACCAUCCACGAAGCUCUAAUGUCUGCAAUGUCCAACAAUGCAUCUGUUCUCGAAUGCAUUAAAACCAUUGAGACAGCUUCCUAG